UAUUGUAUAAUAAUAGUAUAUAGUUAGUUAACUUAUAAGGUUUUGAAAUACAGGAAUGUCUAGUAAGAAGGUUUUCACAUCAAUGAAGGAAGAGAAUCCAGAUUUGAAGAAGCAGAUGGGGUGCAUCAGUGGAUUCUUUCAGCUCUUUGAUCAUCGUCACUGGUUCCUUACAAACAACAACUAUAAUAAUACUACUCCACCUGGUGAAACAAGAAAUGAAGCCAAAGAGCUGAAUAAUAAGAUGCUAAAUGCAAUGGCCAACAAUAAUGUGAAGGUUGCAAGAGAGAAUCAACAAUUCUCCACAGAAUCAUCGGGAACUUCCAACUCAUCAUCCUCUUGCUCAUCUAGCAUGUCAUCCUUAGAGUUCAACAGAACAAUUCUCAGCCAAAUCAAGAUCCAAGAAAACUCCAAUCCAAAAGCAGUAAAACAACCCGACACCCCAGUUCAUCAGUCCCUGGAUUUCCACGAUAUUGUCAAAGACUCAAUGCAGAGAGAGCCACGAGGGUUAUCAGUCAAAACUGCAGCUAAAGAGGAAAAGAAGGGCCGUAUCUUGAAACACAUCGACUCUCCCCGGCCUUUGCAGUUGCCUAAAUCUGUCAAUAGCAGAGGCAUUGUCACCAAUGAACCCCUCCAUAAUCUUGCUAAGUCUUGGGGAAGGCCAUGGCAACAAUUAUUAAAGCACAAGGAAAUCCCAAGGCUUUCCUUGGACAGCAGAGAAGGAUCCAACAAGAGUUAUAGCGGAGCAACAAGAUCUCAAAAUCUCAUGAAGGGUGCAGAGAAAGGAUAUGAGAGUUCGAGCACAAUGCUUAGGCAGCAACAGCAAGAACCGGAAACUCCUAAGAGAGCAUCGAGUGUUGUAGCAAAGUUAAUGGGACUGGAAGAACUCCCAGAUUGCACACAAGCUUGCGAUACUUCUUCGCAGAUGUCUUGCAUGAGUGAUGGAUAUAACCAACACCAAAGUCCAGUUUCCCCGAUAACAAGAAACCAGUGCUUGGGGACUUCUAGAAGGGACAAUGCCUUAAUCAGAAAUGCGACACCAGAUUCACGAUUUUCACUUGAACCAAUCCCAUGGAGGCAACCUGAUGCAAGCCAAGAUCCUGAUUUACAAGUUUCCAAGGGAAGUGAGACUUCGACAACAGCUUCAAAACCCUCCCACUCUGUAUAUGGUGAAAUUGAGAAAAGGAUUGCAGAUCUUCAGUUUAAAAAUUCAGGAAAGGAUCUCAGAGCCCUUAAGCAGAUUCUGGAAGCAAUGCAGAGAUACAAAGAUUCACUAGAUAUUACAAGAGACCAGGAAACAAAUUACCCUUCUGACAGAGGUCUCAGUGAAAGCUCGGAAUUACAGACCCCAAGACAACAGACCGACCCAACAUUUGUCACUGAUGAUAUUUCAAGUUCACCCCGGGGUAGAAAGUUUCCAAUUAUCAUCAUGAAGCCAGCACAAAUCUCAAGGACAUCCAAUGUCGCUACCAAAGAAAUGACUAAUGGCAAAUCAGGCCGCAUCAAGUUUUCUACCAAUGAUCCCAAAGAUGGAAGAUUGCUUGACAAUCUUGAAAGUCAAGCCGCAAAAGGAACCGGUCCAACAAAUUCAUUUAGUCAACGUUUCCAUUCUGCAGAUAAGAGUAACAUGAAGAAAACUUCAAAAUUAAUGCAAGCCUCAAAAGUCCCUCAGGUCAUCAAUGGAGAGGACACCAAUAACUCCAGCCACACAGCAGAGACUAGAAGCCCAAGAGUACAAAAUAAGUUUGGUUUUGAGAAGCGUUCACCUAUAAACCAAUCAUCAGAGUCCAAAAGUAAAAGAAGACGACACAAGCAAUCAUCAGAGUCAUUGUCCCUAAGUUCCACCCCUAAGCAAAAAGUUUGUACCUUGCAGCAAAGAAAUGAAGGCUUCAGCAAGAUCCGGUGUCAAAAGAGGAACUUUAAGCAUCAAGUUGAUGUUAUUUCCUCCAAUGUUGACAGCAACAGAAGCAUGGAUUCUCACCGUGAUAUAGACGGCACCCAAUCUGAUCAUUCUGAAAGCAACAACAGCAUUUCCAUUCAACAGGUGACUCACAUGAAUCAAAAUACUGCUACAAAGGAGCUAAACAAGGAAAGUGCUACAGCCAUGAUAACAGUUACUUCAGAACAACAAAGUCCAGUUUCUGUUCUUGAUCUGCGAUUUUACAGUGAAGACCCACCUUCUCCAAUUAAAAAGAAGACAGAAACCUCAAAAGAUUUAGAUGAAGCUUUAGCCACUUCUGAUAACAUAGGGCAUGCAUUGGACCUUCCUCUUUCAUUCAAUAACACAAAGGCCAACUUCAGCAAUGGAACCAGUGAUGAUGACCUUCAAACUCAGAAUUUGGAUAAAGUUCUUUGGCAAAAUGACGAUAAUAGCGAGAAAUUCACCAAUUGCAGAGAGAGAAAAGAUUCUGACCGUAAAUACAUAGCAGAAAUAUUGCUCGCAUCAGGGCUGCUCAGUAGCCCCAGCUUAAUCCAGGCAGUUCAUUCACCAGGUCACCUGAUAAACCCAAAGUUGUUCUUUGCACUUGAACUAUUGAAGACAAACAAGCUGCAGUUCAAUAUGAAGCACAAUGCUGGGAAGAUUCUUAGGAUAAAUAAUCUUGAAGAAAUGCAAAGAAAACUCAUAUUUGAUGUUGUUAAUGAGAUUCUAGUACAAAAACUAAUAUUGGAGAGUCCUUCCACACUCUGGUGCCUGCCAAAUCAGCCAGCAGUAGUAGAUCGCAAACUGAAUGGACGGCAACUUCUGGAUGAGCUUUGCACAGAAAUUGAUAAUUUACAACCCAAAAACACAAACUUUGAGUUGGUUGAUGAGGUUGCAGAAUCGACAAGUCACUUAUGGGGAGAUUUAAUGCAUCAACCCACAAUUUCAACAGAGUGCAACACCGAGAUACCAAAUGUUGUGUUGGAUAUUGAACGCUUGAUCUUUAAAGAUUUGAUUACAGAAGUUGUGAGAGCUGAAGUAGCUAACUAUCCAGCUAGGCAUUGCAGGCAACUGCUGUUUCCGAAGUAG